AUGUCACUUUCAACCCUACGCCAAUCUUCCAUCUCUCGCUUCUAUCCUGUCAUCAUUCCCGUCGUUGCUGUCGCUGCGUCCCUUGUCGCAUACCAGAUCAUUUACAACUCCUCCCGCCCUGUAGCCAAACGUUUAAAGCGCUCCAAUGCUCGGAGAGUUUCACGUCGCUCCGGAAGGAGGGCUAAUAGUGGCUCGAAUCAGAAUUCUGCAGCUUCGUCGAGCACAGCUGAUCCGGAAAUUGGCGCUAUCAUAGCGGAUGAGCACGAGCAACUUGGUGAAAUAGAAAUUCCGGAGUCUAUGCAUGAAACACUUAUAGAGGCUGCUACUGUUGCCCAAGAAGCUCGUGGUGCUGGAAGAGGUGCGGAUAAUGAUAGUGACUUCUCAUAUACGCCAGACACAAAAGAAAAUCAGAAUCUUUUAAAUUUAUUAUACUUAAUUGCUGAAGAUCAAUCCAAACGUGAUUCAUAUGUUCACCGCGGAGUAACAUGUAAUAGUUGUAAUAUAAUGCCAAUCCGUGGUAUCCGCUAUCGUUGCGCAAACUGUGUCGAUUUUGAUCUUUGCGAACAUUGCGAAGCACUCGACUCCCACCCCAAAACCCAUCUUUUCUACAAAGUUCGAAUUCCCGCCCCAUUCUUGGGGAAUCCGAGGCAGGCACAGACACCAUGGUACCCCGGAAAACCUGGGCUCAUGCCACAAAUACUACCACAGAACGUUGUAAAGAUAUUUGGUGGCGAAACGGGAUUCGAACCACCCGAAAUUGAGGCCCUCUACGAACAGUUCAAAUGUCUUGCCGCCACCGAAUACGUUAGUGAUCCUCUUCACCUCCAUGGUGCAAUUUCCCGCCAAACAUUUGACAAAUGUUUCGUCCCAAACACUCACGUGCGCCCUCCGCCCCCAAACCUUAUAUACGACCGCAUGUUUGCCUUCUAUGACACCGAUAACAACGGCCUCAUUGGCUUCGAAGAGUUUGUUCGCGGCCUUUCCGCACUGAACCACAACAAGAGCCGCAACCCUGAGAAAUUAAAGAGGAUCUUCAAGGGCUAUGACCUCGACGGCGACGGGUAUGUCGACCGUAAUGACUUCCUCCGUAUGUUCCGCGCUUUCUAUGCCCUAAGUAAAGACCUGGUAAAGGACAUGGUAGCAUCUAUGGAAGACGACAUGCUCGAGUCAAACCAAGCCGCCAACGUACUGGUAGGCUCACAGCCAAUCUCUGCCGCGUUCUCUGGCACUAUUCCAACUGGUACGCGCCGCGCGGGGAAGGGUGACGAGGAGGCAUGGGAAGCCGACUCAGACGCUGAUAUGAACCCCGUUGUCCUUCCCUCCGGCGACGACCGGCUUUCCCGCAGCGAUGUAUCCCAUCAUUCGCACGCGCCUAGAGAGGUUGACCAGACAUAUGCGGAUUGGCUUGCCGCUGGCGAAGAUAGUAUCUCUGCGGCUGCGGUUGCCGCUACGAUGCCAAGUCUAGAUACAGGAUCGUCCGAAUCAGAGUCCUCUCCGGCCGACAGGGAGGAGGCAAGGCGGAGAGAGUUCAUGGAUGACGAUGAUGAUGACGACAGUGGUGUUGGAGGCGAGGAACAGGAUGUAGGGAGUGAGAUCUUAUACCACAUCACCCAGCGGGGCCUCAACGAGCUCCUUGAUUACCUUUUCUCCGUAAAGGAAGAACAGGCACAAGAGUCGCGCAAGACAACCAACCCAUACCUCAUUGAAACUCCGAUCCCGCAUACCCCUGAGGAGCCGGUUGAAGGAGAGGAGUACAAGAAGAAAGAGCCCACGCCGCAGGAAAAGGAGGCUGCUGAGCGUGCGAUGUAUGCUGCAGAAAUCAGGGAGCGAGGUGGCCCCGGAAGGAUCAAUUUCGAGGAGUUUGAGGACAUCAUGAGGGGCGCGCAUGCGAGCGAUCUGGGUUUCGUGGGGACCUGGAUCGAUAUGGCGAGUUUCUAA